ACGCAGAGCGUUUAAGUGGGAAUGGGAAAUAUCAGGAAAUUUGAAUAACUGGGAGCUUUAUGAACAUUUUCCGCAAUGCCAAGGCUACUGGGCUAUUAUAAGACGUGCAUUCACUGUUAGAACAGAGUCAUCUGUGUGUUUGUUGUGUAUUUGGAGGCAGACUUGCCUUGACUUAGUGUAGAACAGUGGGCUGUACUUGGACCAGACUGCUGCUCCAUUAGGAUUAUAGAGUUCAACACUGCCCUGUGGAUCAGCAGCAUGGAUCCAUUGGGCACUCGCUCUCAGUUUGUUUAUGUGGAGACUCUUCCCACCUGGGACCAGCCUGAAGACGUGGUUGAUGGCAAUGAGGAAGCAAAGUCUCAUCAUAGGGAUGAGGUUGACAAACUGGCUGAUGCAAAUCAUGUAAACGCUCCAGAUUCUCCAUUCCCAUUCAGAGAGGAUAUCAACAGAAAAAUUAUUGUAUUCAAAGGAGACGUGGCACUUUUGAACUGCACUGCCAUUGUGAAUACGAGCAAUGAGACCCUUACAGACAAGAACCCGAUCUCAGAGAGCGUUCACAGACACGCAGGCCCAGAGCUCAGGGAAGAACUUUUUAAACUGAAAGGAUGUCGAACAGGGGAGGCAAAAAUGACAGAAGGCUUUAACUUGGCAGCUCGAUUUGUAAUACAUACGGUUGGCCCCAAAUACAAACCCAAAUACCGCACAGCUGCUGAGAGCUCCUUAUACAGCUGCUAUAGAAAUGUCAUGCAGCUUGCCAAGGAGCAUGGUAUGGCCUCUGUAGGUCUUUGUGUAAUCAGUACUGCAAAGCGAGGAUAUCCCGUCGAAGAUGCUACACACAUAGCCUUCCGGACUGUGCGGAGGUUUCUGGAGAACCACGGAGAAAGCAUAGAGGCUGUAGUGUUUGCAGUAUCAGAUACCGAAGAGGCUGUGUAUAAGAAGUUGCUGCCACUUUAUUACCCACGCUCAAAGGAGGAGGAGAGAGCCAGCCUGCCUCUACUGCCUGACGACAUCGGGAAUGCGGAAGGGGAGCCGGUGGUGCCUGAGAGGCAGAUCCGCAUUACUGAGAAGCCUGGCAGCCUGGAUGGUGGCUCUGAGGAUGAUUCUGAAGACUCAGACAUGGGACUGGUGGGUAAUCAUGCUUUUGCAAGAAUGGAAGGAGACGUGGAUAAGCAGCGAAGGCUUAUUCUUCAGGGUCAGCUCUCAGACGCGGCUCAACAUAAACAGCACCAGAGGAACUAUAACCGUUGGCUGUGCAGAGCACGAGCAGAGGACCUCUCGGACAUAGCAGCGCUAAAGGCCCUAUAUCAAACUGGUGUCGACUUGUGUGGCAGAACGGUUAUGGUGGUGGUAGGCAGAAACAUUCCAGUAACUCUCAUUGAUAUGGAGAAGGCUUUGUUAUAUUUUAUCCAUGUUAUGGACCACAUCACAGUAAAGGAAUAUGUGGUGGUGUAUUUCCACACACUCACCAGUGAACACAAUCAACUAGACACAGACUUCCUAAAGAGACUCUAUGACAUUGUUGAUGUGAAGUUUAAAAAAAAUCUGCGGGCUUUCUACUUUGUUCAUCCCUCGUUUCGCUCCAAGGUUUCCACAUGGUUCUUCACUACAUUUAGUGUUCCUGGGAUAAAGGAAAAGGUCCAUCACAUUGAUAACCUGCAGCAGCUCUUUACUUGCAUCCUACCUGAACAGAUAGACAUCCCGCCCUUUGUGCUGGAGUAUGACACCAGGAUGAACAGCUCAUACUGAACUUCCCACUCAUCAAGCCUGUAAAGUAAACCGUGCAGGUGAUUUGACUGAGCCUUCUUUGAAUGCCCAGCAUUUAGUUGAGCUCACAACUGGACGUGAUUUGCAGUUACACAGGCUCAGUAUGGGUAUGUUGGCAUGGAGAAAUCUGUCCCUCCCAUUAUGUGAAACGGCUAAAGGAAACCGACUCGAUGCCCUCUCUUCCAGUCACGAAGUUUGCUGUAGACGCCGUGCUCAGCCGUCGGCACUGGUCACAUUUGAUUUGACAGACUGAUGCAUGCGAUUGUGCGAUCGAACAGAAAAGCAGAAAAUUGUUCAAUGUCCUGAAAACUAUUUAUUUCUUCAGUCAUAUUCUAUUCUUAUUUCACACAAUGUGGUCUUGGUAAAGGUACCUACAUAAGCUGCUUUGUUUUAAAUAUGAUUACAUGCAGAUUGUGCUGACAGGACCGUGGCCAAAUGGAGUUAAUUAAAAAUGUUAUUCUUUAAA